AUGUUCACAGUCUUAAUAUUUGCCAUUCUCUUAUGGGGAAAAAUAAUAAAUUUCGUUUUGAGCGAAGAAAUUUCAUCAAAUUCAACAAGUAGCUUCAUUUGUACCGAUGGUAGCCAAAUACCUUUGAUCAAUGUUUGCGAUGGUUCACUUCAGUGUCCAGAUUCUUCUGAUGAAACAAGCAUAUUGUGUCGACAUACAGUUUGUCCUUCGAACAUGUUUAGAUGUUCUUACGGAGCUUGCAUAAAUCGUACAUCUCGAUGCAAUGGAAUAAAAAAUUGUGUUGACGGAAGUGAUGAAAUUCGUUGUAAUUUGUUGUCGAAUGAAACAUGUUCUGACAGAGAAUACCAAUGUUCUACUCCUCGUUUAGAAUGUAUACCCAUUGCAGAUAUUUGUAAUGGAUACGUUGAUUGUUCGGAUAAUAGUGACGAGGACAUUUCUAUAUGUCGAGAAUAUUCUUGUCCUGAUUAUACAUAUCGAUGUUCUUAUGGGGGUUGCGUUUAUCAAGAAGUACUUUGCGAUGGUAUAAAAGAUUGUUUCGAUGGUAGCGAUGAAGAUACGUCGAUGUGCAGAGCAAUUAAUUGCAGUGGAAUUGAAUGUCUUCAACAUGAAUGCGGACAAAAUGAAUUUGCUUGCGAGAACGAAAGACAAUGUGUGCCGAUAAACAAAAUCUGUGACGGGAUUCGCCAUUGUAGAGAUGCUUCUGAUGAGAAUUCUGAAAUGUGCACAAAACAAGAAUGUCGUGACGAUAGUUAUCGUUGUUCUUAUGGUGCUUGCAUUCCCAUCAAAUUCACUUGCAAUUUGCGACCAGAUUGUUAUGAUUGGAGCGACGAGGAUGAAGAACUUUGUGGUAGAGUUUUGCCCGAAGGUGCAUGUCGACUUCCUGGUGCAAAGCCAGGUAUUCAUUAUAAGAUAAGAGGUUGUUCGCGAUGCCGACCUGGUGAGGUUGUUCCUGAAUUUACUCGUUUAGAUUACACCUGUGACAAUGACGGAUGGUUAGAAGGUUCCAAUAGUGUCUAUUGUCAAAAUAAUCGUUGGCUACCUUCAAUUCCAAUUUGUUCUGUUGGUAAUAAUAAUACGUUGCGUAUAACUUGCCCACCGAUUUUGGAAGCCAAUGGAGCUAUAAAAAGAUGCGAAUCUAAAUGGGGACCACGUAAAGGUUGGGUUUCUUGUGAAAAGCCCAUGCCUAUCGCAGCUACACUUAUUGUAAAUGGUUGGGAAGUGCAAAGCGAAGAAUAUGUGCCUUGGCAUGCUACACUAUUUUCACACGAAAAUGGUCAAUGGAAAUUCUUUUGUGGUGGUACUCUGAUCGGUGAACGUGUUAUAUUAACUGCCGGUCAUUGCGUGUGGAAAACAUUUCCCGAAACGAUACGCGCUGCAUUUGGAAUUCUUUCAAACACAUUAAACGAAACGUUACAAGUAAACGCUCAAGUAUUUGAAAUCGAUAAAAUAGAAAUUCAAAAUUCGUAUCAAGAUCACGAAGGAAACUAUGGUUCUGACAUUGCAUUACUUAUCUUAAAAAUUGCAGUUAAGAUAAACAACGUUGUUAGACCAGUUUGCGUAGAUUUGCAAUCUGAUUUAACUCUACUGGAGGCAUGGAAAAAUGGAGACAGUGGAUUUGUGGCUGGUAUGGGAAUUAUGGAGAACGAUACAUACAGUUCAACUUUAAGAAUGACUUCGAUGAAAGUUAUUUCCAACGAAAAGUGUCGCGAGUUUCACCACAGGGAUUUUAGGAAAUAUAUUACAUAUACUUCCUUUUGUGCUGGUUGGGCAAAUGGAACAAGUGUAUGUAAUGGUGAUAGUGGUGGAGGUUUUAUAUUGCGUCGACCUAAUACCAUGAUUUGGGAAGUGCAUGGUGUCGUUUCGAUAAGUCCUCGACGAUUGGGAACUAGUAUUUGUGAUCCAUAUUCUUAUACUAUUUUUACAAAAGCUUUUGAAGUGAAGACUUUAAAAACGGGAAUAAUGUUGAGUCCUGGAUUAAGUUUUACAAGUUUUGUAAUAUAUUCUUUUAGAAGACCAGCUUUAUUACGUGCAAUAAUUCCAAUUGAAAUUAAUAACAAAGUUCUUGAUUAUUGCGUCAUUUGUACACUAAUAACAGAACGUAUUAGUAUUAAACCAAUGUCAAUUGAUUUUGGUAUCAUUGAUUUGGGUUACACUUCUGAACCGAAAAUUAUAACUAUUUAUAACGAAGGUGGUAAAACUACCAGGAUCAAAUCAACUCCGAACAUUCGAGUUCCAUUGAAAGCGAAUGUUAUAGCUCAUCGUUUAAUUAUUUAUCAUGAAAAUACAACUGAAGAUUUUACUCUUGUUGAUUUUCCACCUACGGUAGAAAAAACAUGCAAGUACAAUACGUUUGUUUUAAGGAAUAUCUCAUCUCGAGCCUGCAACUACGUCGUUCUUGGCGAAGUUAAUAAUGAAUUGAAGCCAAUUCGGAAAAUCGAUCACAAGAAGUUUCCAGUUUAUGGUGCUUUUGAAAUAAAUCCAAUCGAGGGACGUAUGGAUCCUUUCGAAAGUAUCAUUUUUGAAAUUGGAAUAAUCAAAAUCCAUACGGAAGCCAUAAAUAUUUCCGGCUUUGAUCCCAUAAAGGAAACUAUGAUCGAUGAAACAACAUCUGGAAAAGUUCAUCUGCAAGACAAAUUUUGGGAUCUAUCAUCUACUUUAACGUCCAAUAGUUCAAUAGAUAAACCAGUCAAUAAUUUUGUCAGAAUUUGUCUUUAUGGCGAAAUGGAAAUAAUUAAACUUAAUCUACAACCUGACAGUUUAUAUUUUGGUAAUUUGCACAUUGGCGAAAUAUCUCAACGUGUUAUUUGCAUCACAAAUUCAUCCAAAAUUGAGUCUAUAUCAUUUCAAUGUCAACCAAUGCCUGCCGUUAAAUGUAUUCCAAAAUCUGCUAAACUGAAACCUGAAGGAUCCACUGAAGUGCUUGUUAAGGUUCAAGCACGAGAAAAUGUUGGACCAUCAUUUGUACUUUUAAUCAAUGCCACUGUGGAUUCUGAAAAUUCAACUGUAUCAAAAUGUUCAACAAAAGUGAAAAUUCGUACUUUUCGCGUUAUAUGUACCUUGAAUGUUAUUUUUAAGACUAGAACACCGAUGACUCAGUUUGUCACAGGAAUAACUCCAUUGAUAACUCAUGAAGUUGGAUUUAUGACGAAUCGUGCUACCUUCGGUUCGAACGUAAAGAAACCACGACAGGCAAUGUUAUUCGUUGAAAAAGAUUUGAAAAGAUCGUGGGCUAAUAAAAAAUUAAUUCGUGAUAAUGUUAUUAUCGAUAGUGUUCCUGCUUAUCCAAAUGAUACACAAAAAUCUUUGAGACCUUAUAGAGGACCACCUGUGAAAACUAUAUUUACUGGUAAACCACGUUAUACACUUGGUCCUAUUCAGUUUGAAGCUUUUACUGGCAAACAAGCAAAUACCAUAAACAAACAUCGUUUAUAUUGGGCUGAUUAUCUUUACAUGUCUCAAUUAUCACGCAAGAAAAUGUUAGGAAUGUCAGUAGCAAAAUUAUUUCCCAAUGAUGAUAACGACAAUGACGUAAUAUCUCGAUUAACACAAGUUCCUAAAAAAUUUCAAGAAUUACCAUUGACAUUUCCUUGUAAAAAAUUUGCUGAUCAAAAGUUUCAUUCUAAAAUUCAUCCGAAAAUUUUCACUACGUUGUCGCCAUUACAAAUAUAUAAUGUUUAUGUUCAUCCUGCCAUAAUUAAUUUUGGAAUGGUGGCAUGGAAAACGUUUAGUUAUCGACAAUUAAUUGCAUCUAAUAGCAACGAAUUUUCUGUAAAAAUUCAAUUUCUAAGUACGUCUACAAAUAUUCGAUUUCCCGAAGGUGAUACAAUUAUUUUACAACCUAAUAAAAUUCUAACGAAACUCGUUGAAUUUUACGGCGAUCGUAUGGGAAAAUUUAAUAGUUUUAUCAAUUACAACAUUAAUGACAAUCAUUCAUUUCAAAUGAACGCAAUCGCUGAAAUUGUACAUAAAAAUUUGUUAAUUGACAAACGAGAAGUUUUCAUUGGUAAAGAUUAUUUGGAAGAUGAAUCGUAUAGACCACAGUGGUCUAUUAUUCAGAUUAAAAAUAAAUUGGAUGCUUCCACACGUUACAAAUGGAAAACACCAGAAAUUUCUUGUUUUUCUAUAGAACCAAAAUAUGGUAUCAUAGGAGGUAAUAGUAUUUUAAAUACAUUUAUCUCUUACAACGCUGACCCAUUAAAACCAUCCUCUGUCGAGAUGAUUAUAAAAUGUGAAAGUGGAACUUUCUCAAGAUUGCAAUGCAACUUGUUAUACACAAUUCCAAAAGUUACAUUUGUCAAUGAUCGUACUGAUUUAGGGGAUUUAUCUUUAAAUUUACCAACUAAAGUGCAUGGAAUUCUUCAAAAUUUCGAAUUUACCGAAGUUGUUUAUGAAAUUGAUUCUACAUCUUUAAUACGUGGAUGCGAGAUUAAUCAAUUAAAUGGAAUUAUAUCACCACGUGGAAUUGCAAUAUUAGAGGCAACUCUUAAGUUCGACGUGUGCAUUGAUUUUACUGUCACAAUUUUUGUCACCAUUCAAAAGCAUUUAAAACUGCAAUGGAAAAUUACAGGACGAGUGCCAUUUCCACGAUUAAAAUUUACUCCAAAUUUUAUAGAACAACGUCGUGUAAUUGCAGAUUCAUUUCAGAGUCAUUUGAUAACGAUUAGUAAUAUUGGAACAACUCUUUCAAAAUUACAAUUUGCUUUACAAGACUAUCCUGAAUUUAGUGUUGUUUUCAUAACAAACGAGAAAACUGAUAUCAAAAUCGAAGAAAAUACGAGCGUGUUAAUUCCAUCAAGAUCAACAAUGAGUUUUUAUUUACAUUUUCAACCAUUGGAUCCAGCAAGUUAUGUUAUUUAUCUUCCAAUUGUUAUAAACGAUUUACUUGGGCCAGUGUUAGAAACAGAUCCGAAAACUUUCGCACCAUCAGAGUACAUAGAAUUGCAAAAAGAAUUCUACAAGGAUAUUCAAGGAAUAACGUUUCUUGAAUUACCAUUAAAAUUACCUGUAAUUUCGAUUGAUUUUACGGUAGCUGGACGUGCUGUAUCGUUCAAUAAAUUCACAUUUGUUUUUGAUGUUGCCACUGACAACAUGAUAGACGAACUUAAAAUUGACAAUCCUGAUAAGUUGAAAGAAGUUACAGUAAUUAUUAAAACUGAUAAUUUUAUCAAAGAAGAUUGUCCUUUUUGUAUCAAUUGGUCUCGUGGCAUCAAACCAACGAUAACGUCAACAUCAAUCACGUGUUUGCUACUUCCAGGAGAAGAAAUCGUUUUUUCAGUCGAAUUUAAGCCAAUUUAUCGUGGAACAUUUAAACUCGAAGCUUUAAUUUUUAUACAAAGAGAUUCAACAGAUUUACCGUUUAAUACAAUUAACUUUAAUGGUGUAAACGCAAAAGAAUUUAUAGAAGCUAACAUUUCGGAAAUUUAUCUAUUACCUCAACAUCCUACAUCGAAUUGGAUGUUAUAG